GCGGGGCGAGAGCGGGGGAGGCUGCGGCCGUGCGGGCGCCGCGGAGCCGUGCGACACGGCGCAGAGCGACACGGCGCAGAGCGACACGGGGCCGCGCGCGCCGCCGGCCAUGCGGUGGGUGCUGAAGCUCUACCUCCUGGGCCUCGUCCUCUCCCUGCUCUCGGCCCUCUUCGGACUCCUGGACGCCCUGAGCGGCGCCGAGCGCGGGCCGGGCCCCUGGGCCCAGCCGGGCGGGGGGCUGGGCCAGGCCCCCCCUCCGCGGCUGCUGCAGGGCCGCCUGACGCUGCGGGUGCCCGAAGCCUUGGGCCCUUACCCGUGAGGGGGGCCCGGCCCGGCGGGCUGGGCCAGCUGCUUUCUCAGGGCGCCUAUUAAAGCGUGGCGAGCUGCGUGCCCGCGCGGCAGCGUGUCGUGUGCGUGGCCCCCUCUGCCCUGCAGCCCCCCCCCCACCCAAGCCCACCCUGUUUCCAAACGCGGGCCGGCUGCGCCCCUGCGAGGGCGCGACGCGGAGCUGGGGGUCCCCGCGGGUGGCACCUGUCCCCUCGGGGACCCUGUGAUGUCACGGGGUGGCCGGGCUCCGCAUCGCCCCUGGGCGCGAGGGGCAGCGGCAGCAUGAGCCGGGACGGUCCCAGCCCGGGGGUCGGCCCCGCCGGGGGGCCGGCGGCCGGGAUGCGGCUCGGCGUCGAGGGUGGGCAGCUCUGCCGCCUGCUCCGCUCCCCCGACUACAACCUCUUCCCCCGCUCGGCCGUGUUCGAGAGCAACUUCCUCCAGGUGACGAGGACGGGGAGCUGCGUGGACAUCCACAAUGCAGCCACGCCAGUGACCCUGGGGGUGACGUCCUCGGACCCCUGCCUGCCCCUUCCCAACGUCCUGGUGGUGGCCCGGGGCAGCAGUCCUCCGGAGAGGCCGGGCCUGACCCUUAGCAGGGUGCUGCCGCUGCGGCUGGUGCAGCUCUCGGUGCCCGCCGGCGCCGGGCGGCUGCUCCGCGUGCGCACCGUGAUGGGCAAGGUGCACUACCUGUGCCUGCACCCGGGCCACCCCGACGCCGUCUUCGCCCUCUGGGUCCGCCUGGCCCACAUCCUCCGCCACGGGCUCUCCUUCACCGCCGCUGGCCCCGACAUCUCUGCUGGCUCCUCCGUGGCCGAGCCGUGCCCCCACGUCCGCGUGGGCGCUCCCGUCUGCAUGCCUGCACGUCCACGUGGGUGCCGCGGUGUCCGCGUGGUGGCCCGGUGCUCCCGGCCCGGCUCCGGUCGGAGCCAGCGCUGUCUCCCCCCAAGCAGGCGCUCAUCUCGCUGUUUCUGGCCGGCCUUGGAGGACCCUGCCAGGGAGGAGGGUGCUGGGGUCCCCAUCAGGGCGAGAGAUGCAGCGGUGCCUUUCCCGGCACCACCUGUGGACAAACUGGCCAUUGAGAAAGAUCCCGCAGAAGUUCUUCCGGUUGACACCUCUGGGCCCAUUCUUGAACCUGGGGAGAAACAUCACCUUUUCCAGCAGCUGCAGAUCAUACCACUCUGCCCAAAGACAAGCCAUCACUGCUGUGUCAUGUCCUGGGGCUCCUGGUGGCUCUGGAUAUCUCUGGGACUCCCAGAGCUGCUGGUGUCCUUGACUCCUGGCGGGAGCCCCAGCCACAGCAGGGGACAGGCAGCAGCAUGCGUCCCAGGGGGAGUUUGUGGCCCUUGGGAGCUGGGUGGGACUCUGCAGGUGGUAGAGAAAGCUCCUUACCGAAUUGUUGGGAAAAUGGUGCCAUCCAGCCAGCACCAGAGCUUGCGGGUGAUGUUGUAGGACAGGCCCAGCCAGUGGGGCAGGGACAGCCGGAGCGGCAGGUUGGGCAUCUCCACGUGCCUCUGCAUCUGUAUUUUGAUGAACUCCUGCAAACGGGAGAGCAGGACCCCCAUGGGGGGCAGGAGGCAGUGAGCGGGGACCCCCAUAUCCCUCCCAGGAUGGCCCCACAGCCCUGCCAGGGAGGGUGCCAGGAGGCCGCAGUGCAGGAGUCCUGCUGUGGCGGCCCCGUGGGACAGAGCAAGGCAUCCAGGUCCCCUUCGGGCUCCUAAAUACCCGGUGCCCAAGGCCAGGCAGUGCCAAGCGAGACCGCAGCACGGCAUCUCCCGCAUCCAGAGGAGCCUGGCUGCGAUGAAGAGGGCAGCAGCUAGAAGCACCAGCUCCACAGGCAGACAACGAUACGAAUAAAACUGUUUUUGACGCUGUCAGCUCCCUCCCCA